UCUCUCCUGGCUUCCCUCUUCCUUUUACCGAGCCUGCCAGUCAGGAGGGCUGCGGGUCCUGCAGCCGUGGGUGGCCUACAGCCAAAGGAGGGAGGAGCCCAUCCGGGCGGGAUUGGCCCUAAGUCCACCUCAAAAAGCCUGGGGCGAGGGGCGCAACGCGUUCUGGAUGAGCCCUGGAGGGCCGGUUUGGUCAGACAGUCCCCGCAGGCUCAGUCGGGGCUUUGCAGUGUCAUGCCCCGGAGCCCCCGGACGGCGCCGAGCUGGGCGCUGUUGCUGCGGCUGCUGGCACUGCUGCGGCCGCCGGGGAUGGCUGAGGCGUGCAGCUGCGCCCCUGCGCACCCCCAGCAGCACGUCUGCCACUCGGCGCUUGCCAUUCGGGCCAAAAUCUCCAGUGAGAAGGUAGUUCCUGCCAGUGCAGACCCUGCUGACACUCAAAAAAUGAUCCGGUAUGAAAUCAAACAGAUAAAGAUGUUUAAAGGGUUUGAGAAAGUCAAGGAUGUUCAGUAUAUCUAUACACCUUUUGAUUCCUCCCUCUGUGGUGUGAAACUAGAAGCUAACAGCCAGAAGCAAUAUCUCUUGACUGGUCAGAUCCUCAGUGAUGGAAAAGUCUUCAUCCAUCUGUGCAACUACAUCGAACCUUGGGAGAACCUGUCCUUUUUGCAGAGAGAAAGUCUGAAUCACCACUACCAUCUGAACUGUGGCUGCCAAAUUACCACCUGCUAUGCAGUUCCCUGUACCAUCUCAACCCCCAACGAGUGCCUCUGGACAGACUGGCUGUUGGAACGGAAGCUCUAUGGGUACCAGGCCCAGCAUUAUGUCUGCAUGAAGCAUGUUGAUGGCACCUGCAGCUGGUACCAGGGCCGCCUGCCCCUCAGGAAGGAGUUUGUUGACAUCAUCCAGCCCUAGUAGGGGCCAGUGACCAUCACAUUCUUUCAAGCAUCGUGAAGCCCAAGCCAGUUCUCCUUCCCUGUGGAGCUCUGGCUGUCACCACCCGCCUCAUCACUGCCAGUCAGUGGAAAGUACCAAGUGGAUGGUCUGGCUAGUGUUAGGAUAGGGAUGGGGCAUGUUAUAGCUUGUGUCCAAAUGCCAGCUCAACACCUGUCAAGGGCCAGGGAAAGUAACAUGACUUUUCUAGCCAGCCUUCAGCCCAUCUCCCCUGCCUCCCAAACCCUUUUAGUCUAGCUGAAACCUGUUAUUGAAAGUUUUGAUUUUGGCUUAGUCUGUUUUCUAAAGCCAGAACUAUUCCUUUUUCUCCCCAGGAGAGUGUGUUUUCUCUUACCUUAACUGAUCUGAUAGGGGAGAAAGGGUGAUUAUUACACAUAUGAGAUACUAUAGCCUUAUGAUGUACAAUACCAGAAGGUGGGUUCACAGAAUCAGAAACAAGCUGAUUUGGAGGAAUGAAAAGAACAACCCACUAUGGCUGUAUGCCCUUUACUCAUGUCCCAACUCAUCCUAAUCCUCUCAUAUACUUUCAUCUGUUUGGGUAGACACUUGGGGAAUACAGAGUCACUCAAUGUGAGACCUGCAAUGACUUAACCUCCCUCCACAUUCUAUAAUCCCCUAUAUACCAUUCCUGGCAGAGGUUCUGGCCCAGUUAACAUACCUCUUUGGACAAGAAUAGACUUAGGUAUUGUCUCUCCAGGUUAACUAUUCUUAAUGCCCUCAACUGAUGUCCAUAAAGCUUCUCCUCUGUUUCUUUUAGAAAGUCAUUCUCUACUAGAUUACUGUCUUUAUUCCUAAUUCAGAAAUUUUUUUUAAGCCAAAAAAGCCUUUCUCUUGUAGAGAUGAAAUUCCCCUUUAGCUUUUGACACCUCAGAGAGAGGACAAUUGGGGGCAGAAGAUGGUAGAUGGGGAACAAAUUUUGGAACUGUUACAACUGUUUUCAUUGGUUAGCCCUGCUAGACUUUAUGGCAGGAAAAAAGCCAGCUUUGUUCCCUGUCUGCCCUAAAGUUCAGUCCCCUCAUCACUGUGUGUUAGACUCCCUGAGAAUUCCAAGCACAGACCCCUUAGUGUUCCUUAGAUUCUGCAAGGCUUCCUGGCUUGCCCUGAAAGGGAAAGCCCUUAUGUUCAUCUCAAGGAUUUAUAAGGAUGAGGGCUUAAAGUUCCAGAGCCUCUCCCUGGCAAAGAUGAAGGAGGUAGUUCUUUUCAAGUCCCAAGGUUACUAUUCAUCUUUUUUGUGUGGUUUGCUAAUAAGCAGGGCCAUGCCUUAUAUGCCAAAUGAAAGUUCUUGAUUCACAGAAAUGGUUCAAAUGGAGAUCCCUUUUGGAGUAGGGAGUGGGAGGGGGAACAAACAUGAUCUCUGUCCCACAGUACAACACUGGAAUGCUAUGGCAGAGAGUCUCCAUUGGUGGAUUAAGCAGGAUCACCAACUGACCAAGCAGGCCUGGGGCAGAGGAUGUAGGGUCAGAGAGGAAGAAGGGAAUUGAGCUAGACGUUGUCAUAAAGGAAAAACAUUAGCUGUAGCCUCUGCACCAACCAACCAUGCCAUCUCUCUGCUCCUUCUGACAUCCUAGCAUGGCCUCAGAGAAGGCAUAGUGUUAACCCAGUCUUACCGCAAUCUUGAGGAAACCAAAGGAAUGGAAGGGGCUGGUGAAUAAUUAUAGGAACAACACCUUAGUCUGAGGAGCGCUUCACACUCUUCCAGAAGGCUAUUACUUAAUCUCACUUACAUUUUAUAAGUACCAUAUUAGAUAUCCUGGUCAGGAAUAAUUAUGCCCAUUUAAAUUUCCUAUUGAAAAACUCACUCACUGGGCAUCUAACUAGUCCAGUGACAUGUGGCAGGGCCAGGGCUAGAACCCAAAACAGUAGGAUCUUCUGACUGUUGAUCCAUAGAUUUGUUACUUUCUCAACUUGAUAAAAUGCCCUUGUUUCUGCUCUUCCCUAUUUGGUCAGCAGACUUUGUAGACAAGGGGUUAUCAAUUAAAAUUCAGCUGCUCUAGCCCCACAAAGCAGGUCCACAGUUCAAUCCCAACAGAGUCUCUGGGGUUGAAAUGCUGAGGCCCUCUUUAGGGCUCCAUAAUCACCAUGUGGCUCAGAAUGUAAACAGCAGAGGAACUAAAGUCCCCACUCGAUCACCUACCAUCUCUUUAUGGUUGGGGUAGUAUGUCUGCUCAAUGAGUGGGAACUUUUCUCCUCCCAAUGUCUUGUAGAUGGCCACCAGCUGGGCAAACUGCAAAAGAGAAGUGAAUGUUUCAGCUUAUCUAGACACUGCAACAGACAGACAAACAUCAGUCUAUCAAACAAAUAUUUAUUGAGCAUUUGCUCUGUUGGGGACUUUGUACAAAACACCAAGGAUAUAAAAGAGGUGUACAAUUCUUAUUUUUAAAGAACGCAUGUGUUAGUUGGGGAAGGGAGAGCGAAGGCACUAACAUUCAUUCAGUACCUAUACAAUUUUAAUGAUAUUUCAUUCAUUCCUCAUAUCAAAUUGAUAAACUAGGUAUUUUAUCAUCUUUAUUUUACACAUGAGGCUCAGAGACAGUAGAAAAGGUGCCUGAAGUCACAGACCUGCAAAGAGGUGAAGCUGGGAUUGAAAUUUGGAUCUCUAACCUUAAACACUUGUAUCUCUAGAGAUGACAAUUGAUAAAGCUAGAUAGGUAACAUGGGGACAAGUCUUGAAAGUUCAAAUGCUAAGAAAGGAAUGGUAACUGUUUUCUGCAGGCAGUAUGGAGUCAUAAGAAUUUGAGCAGGGGUGGGGCGCCUGGGUGGCUCAGUUGGUUGGGCUACUGCCUUCGGCU